UUAUAUUGCUCCACCUCAGGUUAGAGGUAGGAAAACGGUUAAGUGUGAACUUGAAGCUUUUUUUUUCAUUAUUAAGAAAUACGAAAAGUUCGUAAAGGUGGCUGAAAAAUCUCCUACUUUUUCUUCUUAAAAAAGUGUAUGCUAAAUUAGUUUUCGUCAAAGUAUAAUAUUUCGGAAUGAAAUGAGAACGUGCGAUUUAUUGUGAUGAGAGACAAUUGAUGUGAUAUGAACAGAAAAAUUAAAAUAGAAAAUAAGUUCAAAUGUUUGAUAAAAUAAGCAACGUGAAAUAGAUGAAAAAUCGGCCAGAAUAUUUGAUUUGCUCAACUGAACAUUUUGUCAAUGGAAUAGUGGCUGAAGACAGCUCAGUGUAGUUCAUCAGAUUUUUCCAUUAAUUUAACGUUGACAUUGUUCAUCAAAUUGCCUGUUUAUGGAUUUUGAAUCUCAGCUUCCCGAUAUGGAUGACAACGAUAAUUUGAUUGAUUUUCAAAAAAUGAACUUCUCCCCAUUCAACCAAUUCACGACUAUUCCACCAAAUGCAUCGCUCCAUCAAUUUACUGCGGCGAAAUUUGCGCAGAAUAUCACCACAGCAGAUGGCCAGGUUGUCAGUCUGGUGUCUGGGGCCGAUGGAAACGUGCAAUUCCUACGCCAAUACGAUGGUAGCACAACACUCCAUCAAACCCAGCAAACAAAUAACAAUACAAGUCUACAGCAGGCACAAACACUUAUACUUCCGAUAACGAUGCCGGGUGAUAAGCCGGGCGAUGUCCAGCAGACGGUACAAAUCCAAGUACUCAAUCCAAAUCAAAUUCAACCAUCGCCGAAAUUUCAAAUGAGUCCCAUGCAAAUACCGAUACAAGGCUUCCAGCAACCGACCGUUCUAACAGUGGCUGUUCCACAUGACGGCGAAUUGUUGUCGAAUCAUGGACUGCCGGAAGGUGUUACCGUACUGGCAGCGAUUCAACCACAAGACUUACAAUUAUUUGCAGCUCAAACCGGUCAAUUACAGCAGCAACAGCAGCAGCAUCAACAGCAACAAAGUACCAAUAAUGACAAUACUCAAAUCGAUAACAGAGACGGUAUGGAUACCAGAGACCUGAAUACGAUCACAAUAAAACAAGAGCCACAGGUGUGGACAACCAACGCGGUACAAGGUCAGGCAACGGAUCUGACCGAAUAUUUCUCAAGACAAGGCAUAAUCAACCUCCAGCAAUUUCUGCGUUUCAAUCCCGAUACCAUAAAGCGAGAGUCUCAAAUUGAAAAUUCGCCUCUGAACGGCGUUGAAGGAUCGGACAAUUCGCAAGAGAAAAUCGAAGUUGGUGAAACGGUCGAAACGGACGCUACCGGCAAGGUGAAGAAAAAACGAAAAUACAAAAAGAAGCCGCCAAAAGUGAAAGCACCGAAACCGGGUCAAGUGCACAUUGCCACUGCAUUAGACGGCACGAUAUUGUUUUGCUGUCCGGAGUGCCAGAUGGCGUAUCCGGAUAAGUCUAAUUUGGAGCAACAUUUGACGGUUCAUAAAAUCGAACGCCGGUACAUUUGCGAUCUGUGCGGUGCGGGUCUGAAGCGAAAAGAGCAUCUGGAAAGACAUAAACUGGGACACAGUCCGGAACGACCAUACAUUUGCAGCGUGUGCAUGAAGGGGUUCAAGAGAAAAGAGCAUUUGAAUUUGCAUUUCGUCAUUCACUCUGGCUUUAAAAAUGAGAUUUGCGGCGAAUGUGGAAAGGGAUUUUAUCGAAAAGACCAUCUGCGAAAACAUGCCAAGUCUCAUGCAACGAAACGACUCAAAGAGGAAAUGAAUGCACAAGCGGCUGCGUCUUCACUGUCAUCAACGUCCGUCGAUGCAAAUACUCAAAAUUCAGACAAUACAACGUCCAGCAAUGAUUUACUGACUCCAUUACCUAUGCAACCAGAAAGUCAAACGAUUUGCCUGCCGGGCGUUACAAUACACGUUCCAACGAGUGAUAAUACCACAUUACCUGUUCAGAUACAACUGCCGCAACUAGUUACGACAAGUUCACCAGAUGGCACCACUAGUACGGUCGUGUUGCAAUCACCCAUGCAGGAUCCAUCGCAAAGUCAGGCACAAUCGAUCGAUCAACAAAUUCAACAACAGAUCCAACAACAGCUACAACAACAAUUACAGCAGCAGCAGCAGCAGCAGCAGCAACAACAACAACAACAACAACAACAGCAGCAGCAACAACUGGACCAAUGACAUUUAAUGAACGCCCUACAAAUUAAAAAAGAAAAACUUUAACUGAGCCCUGCUCUCACUAAAAGAGGAAUCCCCGAUUUUCGUUUCCAAAAACUAUAAGCCUUAGGACUUCAAGAUGUAAAAUGCAUUUAAAUUCAUUUAUUCCAUUACCAUCCAUUCGCAAAUCUUUUUUCUGAAAAAAGACAAACCAGCGACCCAUUGAAACCGAACAAUAAUGAUAACGAUGAUGUGGUCAACGUACAUGACAUAAUGUAAAAUUUGUAUAA